AUGGACGCCGCCGACGUGCAGAAUGAAAUAAGACCUGUUAAAUACGUGAAUAAUUCAAAUAGCAUUCUUCACGUUUGAGAUUCUAAUUGAAUUUUCAGAAGCAACUGUUAUCUUCAAGCUCAUUUUUCUUUUCUUCUUCUUUUCUCUUUUUUUCUCUCUUUUUUCGUUAACACAUCGAAGACAGAAGCAGUUAAUUUUACAAAAUUCUAGAGUUCAAGCGGAAAGAAACACACGCCGAACGAAUCCGUGGAACUUUCUUCUAUAAACGUCAAGCUACAAAAAUAAAAUCUGACGGUUUUAAUUCAGCCGAAGAAAUCGUACUUUCGACGCUGAAUCUUGAUGCACCGAAAAUCCGGACGUUUUCGCCGAACGACCUGGUCGUUGCGAGUCGAUUGCAAAUCGGCAUCGGGGGCGAUUUAACAAGCAGUCCGCCGAAGGGAACGGUGAAGAUCAUGAGUGUGACUUAUGUGUCGAGCAUCCGAAACGAUUCACCUGCAAAUGGAAAGGUCAAUGAAAGCAAGGGAGAAGGGAGAGACAGUGACGGCAGUCCCUUCAAAAUGAAUUGCGGCCGAUUGUUCAAACCGGGUCAGUUGAUCAAGCUGCGUUUCCCAUCUAGCUUUCACGUGGUCCACGGAAUCGAACAUGGCGACCUCUACUAUCGUCGACGCCGUGGCCGCGAUUGGUUCAGAGUCAGUGCGCGAUGCGUCGCCUGUAUUUCAAAUCGCGCGUUGAACAGCCGAGCAGCAGCGUCGUUGAGAGGACAAUGCGUAUCCUCUCGGCAAGGUGGCCGAUGUGACCGAUGUGAUCAACCGCCCUCAAUCCCCGAAACGGCACGACCGAGACAGCUGUUGCUAGGGCCAGGUUACACCGAAGGGAGGAACGAGGAAUGUUUGAAGAACAAUAGUUCCAUCACCGGCGAGGAAUCGGAAGCGAGGAGGCGUCGAUCGUGGAAUCAACGGAACGCGUGCUCGUGGUCCUCGAACGCGGUACAACCGUCGCGUAAACGACGCGUAGGCAUCGUGGAGAAUCAGUACGUGGCGGAGAGCGAUGCCGGCUCGUCGGUAUGCGACUUGGCUCGCGGCUUGGAACGAGUGCUCGGUGAGGACAGCGGCGCCGCGAUGAAAUCGAAGAAGCAACAGAACGCGAUGGCGUGCGAUGCCGCCGUCGUCGAUCCCAUAGAGGAGAACGAAACGUACGACGAGUUCGACACGGUGGGAAUGCCGGUGGUGAGGUCGCUGAGCAAGAGUCCACAGAGCGACGAGGGCAUCGAGACGGACACGGAUCGUAGAAGAGGAUCGAUGGCCCGAUGCUGGAGCCUGGACUCGGCCGCGGCCAGCGACGAGGACACAUCUCUCACCAUCUCUCACCAACAGAAACGGCACAAACUACGGGUUACUAGGUGCUGUAGCUCGGACAGCGCGGUGCUCAGCGACGAGGAUCAAAUAAAAGGAUGGGACAGUACCAGUAUGGUGGAGGGAAGCGAGACUGAGCACAACGAGGAAAGACCUAGAUACUGGAGAACACCCAGUGUAGUCGUGAGUGAUUAUUCGGAUUACUCUUAUCUGGAUGAGAAGCUGGAGAGAAACGACCUUGACGUUGAGAAGUACGAGGGGACCAGCGGUACUCCCAGCCAAGCGAGCAGCUGUUCCUGCCUGGAUUGCGACGAGAUCCGUGAAUCUUUGGACACUCAGUUCCUGCAAGUCUGCCGUAGCAGACGGCAUUCGGACUCUUGCUGUUUGUCCCUUGAUUCUAUGAACGCUGUCGCUGUAAGGUAUCUAACAUCUGAAUUUCUUCGUUCCACCGCGACACGAUGGAUCACUUCAUUAACAAUGAUCAUCUUCAGAAACUUCAACGAGGCUGGAAGCAGGAGGAACUCCUGCCUGGACUCCACCGACUCCUACUACUCCAAGCUUGACGCUCAGUUCACGCGGUACCCGCGGUCGGAGAACUCGCCAGACUUGCAAGAGAAAACGAACGUCGGCCUGCUGAACAUUCCACCGGCACGAAAGAUCUCAGACUGUUCCACCACGUCCAGCCUCAGCGGCGACGAGUCCGACGUCGCUGAGCCGCAAGUGGUUAAGACCUCGAAGGUGAGUGCCAGCACAUGA